AUUUUGGCCAACAAAUGCGGUAGAAUAUAUAGAACCCAAUCUUGGAAUAGAAUAUAUCUUAUAGGCUACAAAAAGGAGAUUCAAAGAUGAUAUAAAGAUAAUAGGAGUAGUAGAGAGUGAAGAAGAAGUGAUUCAUUUGGUGUUAGUGUUGUGUUGGCGUGCAAAGAAAGUAGUAGUGAUAUGGGGGUUUCGGAUGAGGAAAAGAUACGGAGUACGGCGAGGUUUCUGGCUACGAUCUUGAUCGGAGGUGUGGUUGUAGGGGUGUCGCUAUUGGGACUAUCAUCGAAGCUUCAUUUUCCUUUUCCUUCAAUUCGGUGUAGCUCUAAUGAUAAGAAAAAGAAGAAAGGGUGCGUUAGGGUGUACAUGGAUGGUUGUUUCGACAUGAUGCACUAUGGCCACUGCAAUGCCCUCCGUCAGGCUCGUGCCCUUGGCGAUCAAUUGGUCGUUGGUGUUGUCAGUGACCCCGAAAUCAUUGCCAACAAAGGCCCUCCUGUUACCCCUCUCAAUGAAAGGAUGAUUAUGGUUAACGGCGUGAAGUGGGUUGACGAGGUUAUCCCUGAUGCCCCUUAUGCCAUCACUGAAGAUUUCAUGAAGAAGCUGUUUGACGAGUACAACAUUGAUUUUAUCAUUCAUGGGGACGACCCUUGUGUCCUUCCUGAUGGUACUGAUGCUUAUGCUCUUGCCAAGAAGGCUGGUCGCUACAAGCAAAUUAAGCGCACUGAAGGAGUCUCCAGCACCGACAUUGUUGGUCGUAUGCUUCUCUGUGUACGAGAGAGACCCAUUAGUGACAGUAACAAUCAUUCUUCCUUGCAAAGACAGUUCAGCCAUGGUCACAGCCAGAAAUUUGAAGAUGGUGGAUCUGGAAGUGGAACUCGUGUGUCUCAUUUUCUGCCAACAUCUCGCAGAAUUGUUCAAUUUUCAAAUGGGAAGGGGCCAAGACCGGAUGCUCGCAUAAUUUAUAUAGAUGGUGCAUUUGAUCUUUUUCAUGCUGGACAUGUUGAGAUCUUGAGGGUUGCUAGGGAGCUUGGAGAUUUUCUACUUGUUGGGAUACACAAUGAUCAGACAGUCAGUGCUACUAGGGGAGCACAUCGCCCUAUAAUGAAUCUUCAUGAAAGAAGUUUAAGCGUUCUUGCCUGCCGCUAUGUAGAUGAGGUGAUAAUUGGUGCUCCAUGGGAGGUGUCAAAAGACAUGAUCAUUACCUUCAACAUCUCGCUAGUUGUCCAUGGAACAGUAGCAGAGAAUCAUGAUUUUCAGAAGGAAACAUCCAACCCUUAUGAUGUUCCGAUCAGUAUGGGUAUCUUUAAAAUUUUGGAAAGUCCCCUGGAUGUCACAACUACCACAAUAAUUAGGAGGAUCGUAUCAAACCAUGAAGCAUACCAGAAGCGUAAUGAGAAGAAGGCAGCAAGUGAGAAAAGGUAUUAUGAGGACAAGACUUAUGUGUCUGGUGACUGAGGAAUGUUGGACCAUCUGGGGCACAUAUAUGGCCAGGCAUUUGGCCCGUAUUUUCUUUGAUUAUUGUUAACAAGGUUAAUGGAUUUUUCAUAGUACUAACAUCACAGAUGAGCCACUAGGGUUGGUGAUAGCAUGUUGUCCUUCAUCCAUUAGUAUAAAGAUCUCAUGUAAUUGCCAAGUUAGUCGUGGCAUGGAUUUAUUUGUAUCUGACUAUCUGUAUUGUUUUGACCGCUUAUACUCUGAGUUUGGGUACAAGAUGGUAGUAUAAAAUUGUGGAAAGAGGUGCUGCUGGUGCCAGAGCACUUUUUUGGCGUUA